GGGCUUCCUGUAGUAUAGUUUACUGACAGCGCGCUGCGCGGGUUUAUGUUUCGCGGGAGCAGGCGAUUCACAAUAACAUUGGAUUUCAUUUUUAUAAGCGUAACACACUGAGUGCAAAAUGAGUUUAUGGGUCGACAAAUACAGACCGACGUCUUUGGCAAAACUCGAUUAUCACAAGGAGCAGGCCAUUCAGAUAAAAAAUCUGGUCCAAUGUGGCGAUUUUCCACAUUUGUUGGUCUAUGGACCAUCUGGAGCUGGAAAGAAAACCCGGAUCAUGUGUUUGCUCAGAGAGUUGUACGGUCCAGGGGUUGAGAAACUCCGAAUCGAGCACCAUACAAUCACAACUCCCUCAAAAAAGAAACUUGAAAUUAACACCAUUGCCAGCAACUACCAUUUAGAAGUGAAUCCAAGUGAUGCCGGGAACAGUGACCGCGUGGUAAUUCAGGAGUUGAUAAAAACUGUCGCUCAGUCUCAGCAGAUUCAGUCCAGUACUCAGAAGGAGUUCAAAGUGGUGCUAUUGACGGAGGUGGAUCGACUCACUAAAGAUGCGCAGCAUGCCCUCCGUCGUACAAUGGAAAAAUAUAUGUUCACGUGCCGGCUGAUCCUGUGCUGUAACUCCACCUCAAAAGUGAUCGGCCCUAUCAGGAGCAGGUGUCUGGCCGUGAGAGUCCCUCUGCCAAGUGUGGAAGAGGUGUGCAGUGUACUGUCGAAUGUGUGCAAGAAGGAGGGAUUGCUGCUUCCUCCUGAGCUGGCCAAACAGAUCGCUGAGAAGUCCGGACGCAAUCUACGCAAAGCCAUGCUGAUGUGCGAGGCCUGCAGAGUUCAACAGUAUCCGUUCUCACCAGACCAGGACAUCCCUGUGACAGACUGGGAAGUGUAUCUCAGAGAAACAGCCAAUGCUAUAGUCAGCCAGCAAAGUCCUCAGAGGCUUCUGGAGGUUCGGGCGCGAUUGUACGAACUUCUAACUCACUGCAUCCCGCCAGACAUCAUCAUGAGGGGGCUGGUGACAGAGCUGCUUAGCAACUGUGAUGGACACCUGAAGGCAGAGGUGGCUCAGAUGGCUGCGUACUAUGAACACAGACUGCAGCUGGGCAACAAAGCAAUCUACCAUCUGGAGGCCUUUGUGGCUAAAUUCAUGGCCAUCUACAAGAAGUUUAUGGAGGAUGGACUCGAUAACCUCAUGUUUUGAGCCAUUGUAGCCUAAAAUAAAUAUUAUUUUGAGUGACCUUUUUUCAUAAUAAAUAUAGUUCAAAAGCAA